GAGAAAAUUUUGUGUCUUGUUUCUCAGGUCCUGUCUUUAAAUUGCUUGAGAGCUUUGGCAAUCCCUGACACACAAAGAUGGUCAAGGAAGACAGAACCACCUGGAAGUCCAACUACUUCCUUAAAAUCACUUCUCUCUUUGAUGAAUACCCUAAGGCAUUCAUUGUCAAUGCUGACAAUGUGGGUUCAAAGCAGAUGCAGCAAGUUCGCCAAGCCUUGCGUGGAAAGGCUGUCAUCUUGAUGGGCAAGAACACCAUGAUGCGUAAAGCUAUCCGUGGUCACUUGGAGAGCAACCCAGGCUUGGAGAAAUUGCUGCCUGCCAUCAAGAACAAUGUUGGUUUUGUUUUCACAAAGGAAGACCUCAGUGAGAUCAGAACCAUCCUUGUGGAAAAUAAGGUUCAAGCCCCUGCCCGUGCUGGAGCUGUGGCCCCUCUUGAUGUAAAAGUCCCAGCCCAGACCACGACCUUGGGACCGGAGAAGACCUCUUUCUUCCAGGCUCUGUCCAUCCCCACCAAGAUCACCAAGGGAACCAUUGAAAUCUUGAACGAGGUGUCCCUGAUCAAGGAGGGCGAGAAAGUCGGUCAGUCCGAGUCAACUCUUCUCAACAUGUUGAACAUCUCUCCCUUCACCUAUGGACUUCUGAUUGAAAAUGUGUACGACUCUGGCACCAUUUUCAGCCCAGCUAUCUUGGACAUUACAAAUGACGACAUCAUCUCCAAGUUUAUGUCGGGUGUGCGCAAUAUUGCCUCAGUCUCAUUGGCCAUUGGAUAUCCAACUGCUGCCUCAGCCCCUCAUUCCAUCAUCAAUGGCUUCAAAAACCUCUUGGCCAUUGCCGUCUCUACAGAAUAUGACUUCGCUGAGGCUGAGCAGACCAAAGAGUACUUAAAGGACCCAUCCAAGUUUGCUGUUGCUGCGGCUGCCCCUACAGCUGCUGCUCCGGCAGAGGAAAAGAAGGAGGAGAAGAAAGAAGAGUCUGAGGACUCCGAGGAUGACGACCUUGGCUUUGGUCUCUUCGACUAAGCUGGGACGACAACAUUGCAGGUCAUGACACGACGCGACGGAGCCCGGUUUGUCAUUGUGUGAGGAAGCCUUGACUGGCCAGUAGGUGAUUGGUUACCACUGAAAUGGCAGCAGCUUGUAAUUGUGACACUGACAGACUGAUGGCUGAGAAUAAAGUUGACCUUGAUUUUGAAAAUAUUA